GUCUUCAGUUCUGUAUGUCAGAAUAAGGAAGAUCGUAAACUACUGUAUGGCUAUGGCUGCAAAUACUGUGCGUCGCACUAUAACGGUCUUGGACUUAACACUCAGCAACGAGUGGAUUGGAUUGAUCAGGGUGUCUAUGUUGAAAUUCACGCGAUGCAUACACAUUCAUCAGAUGCAAAUACAUUUAUCAGAAUAGAGGUUACGUUCUGUGAAAAUGGCACGCAGGAUUAUCAUGAUGCUGACAAGAUCUGA